AUGUUGAUGAAGAAUAUCCUCACUCUCCUGACCGUCGCAGUUGCCGCCUCUGCCGCUCCCGCUGCCGAGCCAGAGCCACAGCAGACGGGCUCCCAGCAGAACGUCUGCGGCAACGACCAGAGACUGAAGUGCUGCCAGCAACUCCAGACACAGCGGGUCCGGAACGGUAUCCCCGUUAUUGUCGGCCUCCAAUGUGUCGACAUCAAUGUGAUCAGCGCACUCAACCAGCAGUGCACCCAGAGGGUGGCUUGCUGCUCGUCCGGCAACCAGUCUGGUCUCGUCAAUAUCGGAAACGUUUGCGUCCCAAUCUUGUAG